GUGUCGAAUUUACAUCGAAUCAUGAAGUUGAUCAGCAUUCGCUGGAAGACCUGCCUGCCAGGUCUGAUAAUAGUUACUUACCUGGUGAGUGCUAUGCUAUAUUUCGGAAAGGAUAUUACCCAGAUUGAGCCAGUGGAACCAAGAGUUGUGAAAAACAAGACCAAAGUGCCACGAAUGUAUGCCAAGACCAUCAAUCAUGAUGGCAACUGGGAGACUAUUGUAACCAAUCCGGAAUUAAAGCCCAGAUAUCGCGUUGGCGGCGGAAGGACUCGUGUCAAGUUCGUGAUUGGAGUACCCACUGUACUGCGACCGAAAAAGAACUAUGUGCUCCAAACCGUGGACUGUCUGAUCCGUCGAAUGACUCCGGAGCAGCGCAACAAUUGUCUAAUUGUGAUAUUCGUGGGUGAAACUAAGCUGCAGUUCGCCAAGUUCAUUGUGAAGGAACUGCAUGCGAAUCAUUCGACGCAUAUGCGAGCUGGCCUCAUCGAUGUCAUUGCGCCACCCCUUAAUUACUAUCCCAACUUCUCGAGGCUACACAUCACGCUGAACGAUGAUCCGCAGCGGGUUCAGUGGAGGACCAAACAGAACCUGGACUACAUAUACCUGAUGUCCUAUGCUAAGAGCAGGGGCUUGUACUACCUGCAACUGGAGGACGAUGUGAUGGCGAACGUGGGUUUCCUGGACUACAUCCAGAAGUUUGCAGUACUGCAUAGCAGUUUUCGGAUCGCCCAGCAGAUCGAUUGGAUUGUGAUGAGCUUCAGUGAGCUGGGCUUCAUAGGGAAGCUCUUCCGCACCUCCGUGCUGAGCUCCUUCGUGGCGUACCUGAAGUUGUUCUACAAUGACCAGCCCAUUGACUGGCUGCUCCAGAGCUUCGUGACCCUGCAGAGCUGUCGCUGGGAUAGUGUUUCCGAUCCCGAAUGUCAGCGGAACUUCGAGUCCCGACUGCUGCGCUCCGCGCAAUCACAGUUCCAGCAUAUGGGUGCCCAAUCGUCUUUGGCGGAUAAGGAGCAAUAUCAAAAGGAUGCCUUCUUUAACCAUAACUUUGCAAGGCAGCGCUUGAGGCAUCUGCGACAGCCGCUCAACCUGAUCGCCACCCAUCGGAACUCGCUGUUGAAGCAUAAUCUCGACCUGGUUGAGGGGGAAACGUUUAUCUGGAUCUACAUGCCACGGAUGCCCAAGAUCAUGAAGUAUCUGAUAACCAAUCAGUUCGAGCAGACGCAGCUUCACAUUCGCAAUGCGAAGGAGACAGCCCACAAUCUGGCCGAGUUCAAUAUUGAAUUGGUCAAGGGAUCGCCCACACUGGUGGCCAACAGCUCCUCGACAAGGCAGUGUGGAUUCGUGAUGAGUCACACCGUCCAAUCGUUUGCAGAAAGGGAUGGUAAAGCGGAGCUGCCCUAUAAUUAUAUGUACUAUUACAUAAAGGAGGAGCCCGAGGGUCUCAGCUGGUUCCGUCGAUUCCUUUGGGCUUCCAAUGGAUCCUCUAUCGUCGAGCUACGAUCCACAAUGGUAUUACUCCUGCUUGCUUUUCAGUUUGCACAAUAAUUAAUAAAUUUCCAUCAAUUCAAUUUCAAAUACUUGAGUUAUUUAUUAAGCUUAUACACACAUUACACGCAUAUUUGUUGUUCUCGUUUUUGAUUCGAUUAAGUUUUGAGUUGUCCCAACGGCUUAUGAAUAUUGUAAAAUUGUUAUUUGUAAUUUGUUGUAAUUCAGCUACGAUCGUUAUGUGUUCGUGGAAGGGGAAGCCUAUAAUGCCAGC